AUGGAUGAACCACAAAAAAUCCUCAGAGUAUCUAUUCUUCUCGCAGGUACACCGAUACCAGAGAUAAUCGAAAAAUUUGGGCAUUAUGGCAAACAAAUUUCAGAUCUUUUGCAAAAUGCUAUUAAUACUUAUGAUGAUAUUCCAUGGAUUAAUCGCCUCACUGAUUUUACGAAACUUAUUAUCGACAAACAUCAACAUAUUAAAUUAAUCGGUAUUUGUUUUGGUCACCAAAUUGUAGCCAGAGCCGCAGGUGGCCAGGUUAUUAAAAACCCAUUGGGUUGGGAGAUUGGUGUAACAGAAGUUUCACUUACUGACAUUGGAGAAAAUUUUUUUAAGAUAGACAGGUUUACUUCAAAAUCUCCAUUUCAAGGAAUGAUAAAAGAAAAUCAAGUCUUAACAGUUCAAGGUCAUCCUGAAUAUGUUGGUGAAACAGAAAAGUUAUUAAUUAAUGCUCGAUUAAAUCAAGGAAUUUUUACUCCAGAAUUUGCACAAGCCGGGUUGAAAACUGCUGAUUAUGAAGAUGAUGGAUUAUUAAUUGGACAAAAAUUUAUUGAAUUUAUGAUUGCGCAUCUAGGGAUCAGUCCGUCCCAGUUGGUCCCAGUCCUUGUAGGACUGAUUUAUAAUGUUUAUUAG